CCCUGCUGUUAAGGGACAUUUUCACAGUUUAUCAGUUAAUACAGCUAAAAGAGGUGACUUUUCCCUACAGGUUGACUGAUGCCCUUUGCUUUCAAUGGUUUAUUCCUCCUAAUUAUAAGGUUUCUGUAGAGCAAGAUUUGCACCGGGUAUAACGUUACUAGGAUUAGCCAUUAGUUUGUAUGUGCGUCUGUGUUUUUGGAGAUGUAAUUUGUGCUCACCGGAGAUGACACAACUGAAUUUCAAGACGGGGGUCCGGCUUCAGGAAAUGGAUUGACAACGACCAGGAAGGAGAUGUGUGGUUCAAUCAUACUUGGAGUGGCAGUAUGGCUUCGUGUGAGUAAAGAGGUGAAGAAGAUGGUAGAUAUGGAAGAAUUUUACCCUGCUAUAAAUCUUCUGAUUACUGUUGGGUCUAUCAUUAUGGUGCUUGGAUUUCUUGGUUGUUGUGGAGCUAUUAAAGAAAGCAAAUGCAUGUUAAUUUUGUUCUUCAUCGGACUGCUUCUUAUUCUGACUUUUCAAAUAACUGCAGGUAUUCUAGGUGUGGUUUAUAAAUCUAAGAUUGCAUCAAUAUUAAAUGAAACAUAUUCUGAACUUAUCCCAUUAAAUAAGCAAGAAGAAAAAUUUAGGAAAGAGGUCGAAGAUUUCCAGGAGGAGAAACAGUGUUGUGGUCUGCUGCAUGGAUAUCAGGACUGGACAGAAGCAUUUAUUCCACCAUCCUGCAACUGUAAAGAUAAGCAGGCGUGUGUCAUAACAGAAAAUGGAAAAUCUGUUUGGGCUCAGCCCUGUAUCAGUGCCAUUAAUGACAUAUUGAAAGCAAACCUCAUUUUAAUAAUUGGCAUAGCCUUUGGACUGGCAGUGAUUGAGAUCUUUGGAUUGGCCUUCUCUAUGAUCCUGUAUUGCCAAAUCAAGAACAAGUGAAAACGAGAGUUUUCUUCAGUCAGUGCAUUAGUUCAUUACAGAUAUUUUGUCUUGGGCAUAUGACUCAUUCUUGUGCUUAAAUUGUAGUUUUGAAAUUCUGAUUAAUUUGAUUUAAACCUAGAAUGUAACUCAGCCAUUUGUGCUCCUCAUUAUAUCCUGUUGGUUUACUAUAUGUGCAUGUACAGAUGCAUCUUGCCAUCUUGCAAAAUGGCGUUACAGUUGAAAGUGAGGCCAUUCACUUUGUCUUAUUUGCAUGCUGAGCGAUUGUGAAGUGAACAGAACUUGCAGCCCUUAGGUUUAGUGUGCUCUUAAAAACCAAUUUCCUUGUAAUGUUGAAUUCUUCCACAGCGAUGAAGCUGUAUUUGAGUCAAAUAAAAGUUUACUGUAGCAGAUAAAAACUGCUUAUGAAAUAAUUGAUCAAAAGGUGAGAGACUCUUUGAAGAAUGGGUGAGGGAGGGGUGGAAUGGUCUAUGCCAGGAACAUGAAAGAGGUCCAACACUUUGGUAGACUGUCAUGCAUCAAACAGAAAACAAAAUGUGGGCUGUGAACGAGGCUGUAACUUAGUAGUAGAGUAAUGGUGGAAGGAUGCUUCUCUGACCAGAAAUCUCUGACUAGUGGUGUUUCGCAGGGAUCAGUGCUGGGAUGCCUGGUGUUUGUAAUAUGUCAAUGAGUUGGAGGUGAAUAUAGGUGGCCUAGUCAGUAAGUUUGCAGAUGGCACAAAGAUUGGGGAGCUGCGGAUAGUGAGAAGGAUUGCCAGAGGAUUAGGCAGUAUAUAGAUAGGUUAGAUACUUGGGCGUAGAAAUGGCAUGUGGAAUUUAAUCUGGACA